GAAAGGAAGUUGUGCCCCUCCACUUCCCAGAUGUAGCGCCUCAGUGUCAGAGGGGGGAUAGACUACGUCUUCUAGAGGACAACAAUAGAGCCCUGAAACUGAAGCCUGGGGCUUUCAACCAACACAAGCUACAGCAUAUACUGCUGGAGACUGAGAGCAGCAGGAAAAGGGAGGAGUGUGAAGAUCUUGACGAGACAGUGAAGAAAAAUAAUCAAACAUGUCAGACUUUGGAGAAUGAGCUUCAAGAUGUUCUCCAGGAGAAGAAGCACUUGAGUCUCCACUUGUUCAACAAUAGCCAGAACACAGUCCAAUAUGAACAGGUGAAGUCAGAGUAUGCGCAGCUCAAAGAGACCCUUGGUGCUGUGACUCAGGAGAGAGAUUCAGCCCUGCGGGAGAAGACCCAGCUCCAAGGCAAACUGGAGAACCUAGAGCAGGUGCUAAAGCAUAUGCGCGAGGCUGCAGAGCGGAGGCAGCAGCUAGAGUUGGAGCAUGAGCAAGCCUUGGCUGUACUCAAUGCAAAGCAGCAGGAAAUUGACCUUCUGCAGAAGGCUCAGGUUGAGGCUAAGAAGGAGCAUGAGGGCGCCGUCCAUCUGUUAGAGAACCACUUGGACAGCAUGCAGUUGAGGAGCAUUCCCCGCGCUUUGAACACAGUGCAGUUUUUGGCAAAAGUCAGAGAGCUGGAGGAGAAAUGUCGGACACAGAGUGAGCAGUUCAACCUCCUGUCCAAAGAGCUGGAGAAGUUCCGGCUACAGACUGGAAAGUUUGAUAUCCUUGGCAGUGGCACCGAUUCCUUAACAGCACGUGAAACCCCCGGAUCUCCCAACAAAUCCCUCUCCCAGCUCCUCAACGGGCUGGCUGCCCCCACAGUGAAAGGCAAUGAGAGUCCGCUGAGCAGAUCUGUGAUCUCUGAGUUCAUCCGACCGCACCAGAUCAGUGGGGACAAGCCGGAGCUCCUGUCUGUAAAGCCAACAUUCCUCACCCGCAGCAGUAGCCGAGCUGGGAGCUCCCAACAGGCCCUCCUCACCGAGAUGGACAAAGAACUAAGCUCAACGACUAGGACCAAGAAGAGGUUCACAGGCAAGGUCCGUCUGUGCAUCGCCCGGUACAGUUAUAACCCCUGUAAUGGGCCCAAUGAGCAUCCUGAGGCAGAGCUCCCCCUGGUGGCAGGGAAGUACCUCUACGUGUACGGCACCAUGGAUGAUGACGGCUUCUAUGAAGGAGAGCUGCUGGAUGGACAGCAGGGCCUCGUCCCUUCCAACUUUGUGGACUUUGUUAAGGAUGAGGAGAUGCCCUCUGCUCAGCACAGGGACGGGGCCAAAGAGUCAGGCUACCUCAGUAGUAACCACAGCAGCCUGGGCUCCACAGGGCUGGGCAGCAUGUGCCUGAGCAGCAUCAGCAGCCUGCUGUCUGACAGUAAACUGGACCUGGAGACCAGCCUAGAGAGAAAUAUGGAGAGAAACCUGGGGAGCAACCUCAGUUCCACUUUGGGUUCCACUCACUGUUCCACUCUUGGCAGCCACAUGGGUUCCACUCACGGUUCCACUCUGGGCAGCCACAUGGGUUCCACUCUGGGUUCCACUCUGGGUUCCACUCUGGGUUCCACUCACGGUUCCACUCUGGGUUCCACUCACGGUUCCACUCUAGGCAACCACAUGGGUUCCACUCUGGGUUCCAGUCACGGUUCCACUGGCCUGGGUUCCAGUCUGAGCAGCACUCUGACUAGCCUGGGCAGCAGCAGCCUGGGCAUGGACUUUCUGGGCUCCAUGGGUUCCUGCAGUAACGGGACGGGGACCCUGGAUGUCAGCAUUGACGAGAUUGGUGAAAACAUCGUGCCUUACCCUCGCCGCAUCAAUCUGAUCAAACAGCUGGCCAAGAGUGUGAUCGUGUGCUGGGACCCACCGGUGGUGCCGCCCGGCUGGGGCUCCAUCAGUGGCUACAACGUCCUGGUGGACAAGGAGGUGAGGAUGAGUGUGCCUUUUGGAGGCAGGACAAAGUCGCUCAUUGAAAAGCUCAACCUGGCCACCAACACCUAUCGCAUCUCGGUGCAGAGCAUCACGGAGCAAGGCCCGUCUGACGAGCUACGCUGCACUCUGCUGGUGGGGAGGGACGUGGUGGUGGCUCCUUACUACCUGAGGGUGGACAACAUCACACAGACCUCUGCUGAGCUCUCCUGGCAGCCUAGCAACAGCAACUACAGCCACACCAUCUUCCUGAAUGAGGCUGAGUAUGACAUGGUGAAGGCAGGGGCCUACAAGUACCAGUUCUUCCAACUGAAGCCCAUGACCGUUUACAAGGUGAAGGCUGUGGCGCGGACACACCAGAUGCCUUGGCAGCUGCCCUUGGAGCACAGGGACAAGAGGGAGAUCUCUGUGGAGUUCUGCACCCAGCCUGCAGGUCCUCCCUUCCCUCCCCAGGAGGUGCAGGUCCAGUUGGGCCAGAACCCUGGGGUGCUGCAGGUACGAUGGAAGCCCCCCCUCCUCACCCCCACUGGAACCUCCAACGGAGCCAACGUGAUUGGCUAUGCCGUGUGCACAAAGGGACAAAAGAUAGCGGAGGUGAUGUACCCUACGGCAGACUAUGUGACAGUGGAGCUGAACAGGAUCCAGUGUCUGGAGGCCAGGGAGGUCAUUGUCAGGACGUUAUCAGCAGAAGGAGAGUCUCAGGACUCGCCCGUGGCCACCAUACCGCACAAUAUCCUGGGGCCUCCCCAUCACUCACCCCACCAUCGCCCCCCUGCACACCCCCAUCCUAUGCCCCAGCACCAUCUGCCACACACACAAACACACCCGCCCUACCCCCAGACCUACCCCUUGUCACACCCCCAACCUCAGGUCCACCCUCAAUCCCAGCCCUACACCCUGCCCCAUGGUCAGCCCCUGUGCCACCCACCCCCUCACCCCCACCCCCAACACCAGCCUUACCCCACGUCUAAGCCCAAACUAGUAAGUGCCAGAGAGUCAGAAACCAAAGAGCAUGAGGCAGGCCUGCUGCCUGGCCCGCCCUGGGAACGCUCCCUCUCGCCCCUCCCUCCUCCAAUGUGUGGACACACUCUGGAGCCACCCCACUUCCAGGGGCGUCGUUCACCCUCUCCUCAGAGGAUCCUGCCCCAGCCUCAGGGAGCCCCCAUCCCCAACACCAUCGCCAAGGCCAUGGCCAGGGAAGCUGCACAGAGAGUGUUCGCUGAGAGUAACCGGAUUGAGAAGAGGAACAUCUUCAGUGAGCGGAGCAUAAACUCUGAUGAGGAGGAGGAUAGUUAUGACUCUCCCCACACCAGGAGGAGAGGGGCUUCUGUGGACGAGUUCCUCAGAGGCUCUGAACUAGGGAGACGGCACCACUACAGCCACAGUGAAGAUUACCAGACAGAGAGCAGCCGCGGCUCAGACCUGUCUGACAUCAUGGAGGAGGACGAGGACGACCUGUACUCUGAGAUGCAGCUGGAGGAGGGCCGUCGACGCAGCAUCAACUCUCACAACACUCUCAAGAAGUAUUACAGGCGUCAGGACCUGGGAGAGCAGAGGGACUGCUGGGACCUACAGAGGGAGGUGGUGAGACAGAAGUCCCUACGUCGUAAACGGCUCCACAGCAUCCCUGAGGUGGCCGAGGACGAGCCUGACGGAGUCAAUGGGAUGGGUCAUCAUCAUCAGCGCCUGCGCUUUGACGACGGAGGCAGGCCUGGUACACCCCGCAUGCAUCGCAGGGGCCCCCGUAUCUACCAGCAGGACCCCCAUCAGCACAACCACCUCUCCCCCAGCAAGAACCACCGCCGCCUGCUGCAGCGUCAGCACUCCUCUCCCCGCUAUGCCUACGCUUUCGAGGAGCGCAGCCUGCGCCGGCUCACCAAGAGUCCUGACAGUGGCCUGGACUGUGGCAGCGAGGAGGAGGGCUCUUUGGGGUACAGGGGUUACCCCCACGGCAGCCCCAUGAGGGGCCAUAUCCGCUACAUCCACUGUGAGGGGCCAGUAGAACGAAGGGCCCUGGCUGCAGGCAGGAAGAAGCAGCUGACACGGCAGUGCAGCAUGGAUGAGGACUACUGUGAUAGCCCUAAGACGGGCCACCUGUCUGACCUGAGGAACAGGGAGGUGCACUACGGGCCAACGCGGGAGCCAGGGCAAAGCCCCAGACACGGAGCCCUGAGCGAGGGCAGGCUCCACGAGCUGGACAGGCCUUAUCAAAGGGACCUUAGGGCCAGCUAUGUGAACAGGCUCAACAGGGUCUCGGACCAGCCGCUGAUUAUAGGGAAAUCCCCCUCCCAUGGAUGCUCCCAUGGCGACCGACUGAACCAUUCAGGGAGGAGGCCGGUCCACAGUGGCAACCCCCCACAGCGACGGCCCAUGAUGGUUCCUUCCAUUGAGAUCACCAUGAUGGAGAGUAACAGUGAAGGGAGUGAGGGGAACCUCUCACCUGGCAAGGAGAAUGUUUACUAUCACGGCAGUGUAGCUCGGCACAGGAUGUGGCAUAAUAAUGAUGGGUACGGCGGGCAGGGCCGCGGGCGCCGGUCGCCAGAAUACUACGAAGAGCCAGAGGACCUGGCGCGUAUAUUUGUGGCCCUGUUUGACUACGACCCUCUGUCCAUGUCCCCCAACCCUGAUGCUGCUGACGAGGAGCUGCCCUUCAAAGAGGGCCAGAUCAUCAAGGUGUUUGGGGAUAAGGACACGGAUGGUUUUUACAGGGCAGAGAUCCGUGACCGUCCAGGUCUGAUCCCCUGUAACAUGGUGUCAGAGAUCCAGACUGAGGAUGAUGAGAUGAUGGACCAGCUACUCAAACAGGGCUUCCUCCCACUCAACACUCCUGUAGAGAAAUUAGUGAACUGCGACCGCUUCAAAGAUGGCCGCUCAAUAAACCGCAGGUCCCGAAAAUCCAAGCGAGAGAGGAACAGGCGAAGUGGGCGUCAGCACCCCUCGUCCACACGUAGAAUGGUGGCCCUGUAUGACUACGACCCCAGGGAGAGCUCCCCCAACGUGGAUGUGGAGUAUGGGAGAGACAGGCUGAAUGAGCAGGCUGAACUGACAUUCUGCGCUGGUGACGUCAUAACAGUUUUUGGUGAAAUUGAUGAAGAUGGGUUUCAUUAUGGCGAGCUCAAUGGACACAAAGGUCUUGUUCCCUCCAACUUCCUAGAAGAAGUGCCUGAUGAUGUUGAGGUUUUUCUCACUGAUACUCCAUGUGGAGAUUCUCGUUACCCGCAGGACGCUGCAGCGCGGAUAAAGACCAAAAGGGUUCCGUUGGAAAAAUCGAGUCCGCCCAGAAGAGCUGCCUACCCCAAAGUGCGCCAACACAUCCCCGGCACUGGCCCUGCUAUCGUGGGGCCUGGCAGUCCCAUCAGGGGCCCCCACGACUUGUCCUCCAAAAAGAAAAAGGGACUGCUCUCCAAAGGGAAGAAACUAUUGAAAAGACUUGGCACUGUAAAAUAACCCCUUCAUAUACUUGAAGUAUAUUACCAACCACAUCAUAGAGGGCUCUAUUCAAUCUGUAAUGCUGAAGCGGUACAGAUUCCGUGAUAGAAAUGUACAGGUCAAUUCCGAUUGAGCAGUGUUUACCAUGAAUGCAGUCUCCACUAAAGCGGGUACAUUGCCUUUAAAUUUCAAUCACGCUGAAAAGCUGAAUUUCCUCGAUGCGGAUUGAAUAGAGCCCUAAAUCUCAAACACUUCCAUUACUGUACGUUCUGUCCUGUGAGAAGAAAAAAUCCAGUGGUCAAAGAUUUUGAUGGCAUUUGAUAACCAGUCAGAUGCUGUACUCUUACACAUCUGUUGUCUACUAGAAACCAUUAAUGUUUUAAUUGCAGUAUGUAUUUUGAAUACAGUCCAGGGACCUCAUAGUUUGACAUUUAAUGUCAUAAGCCAACCUCUCUGGUCAUGUAUAUUUUGCUAUCUGAAGCACAGGACUGCAAAACGAUAAAAAUAUGCUCAAUUUUGAAUUGGCCAAUAGUACGUAGGUGUGUGUUUGACUGAAGACUACAUUGACCCCAAAAUAUGAGGUGUUUAAACCAAUCUCUUUAGGGCUGAGAUCAAACGAUAGAGCCCAGAAUGGCCAGUCAACAUCAUACUUGAUGAGACUACUACUGGUGGCCCAUCCUGACCAUACACUUCAUGUUGUAGUACCCAAAUGAGGCAAGGAAAAGAGCAGUUUUAUGGCCAGGCAGGUGAGGUCCUUGUAUGGGAACUGUAUGGGAGGUUUGCAUGUUUUACCUGAAAGCACAUCCAGAAUGAUCAUUCCCACCCAACGUUUGAAAGCACAUGCUAGCUGAUGGCCUUUUCUAUCAGAACAUGUUAGCAAGGCACAUGUGCAUGCUUUGUCGGUGCAUUUGAUGACAGAAUCUACACUGUUUGAGCAAAAUGUACUAAAUGAAUUGCAGUAGUAAAAAGCAUGUCAUCGUUUUCUUUACCUCCAUACAGAAUAUUCCAUACAAACCUAAUUAUCAGAUUGGUUCUCAGUUCAACUCAAGUCCAGGUACACAUUUGACAAGUCACGACCUAGCACCUGAAGUCAGGAUCUGUGCAGUGGUAAAAUAUGCUACAUCUCCAGAAAGACCGAAGUCAGAUAAGCAAGUAUCAAUUCCUAACAGCAAGUAUUAGUUCUUCAAACACACCAAAAGACCUCUGGACAAGCACAUUAGAUAGGAAAGGGUUUCAAGAUUCAGUUUCUUUAUUUUUUAAGUAGUUGAAUUGUCAUGAAAUGCCUAGUUGAAACCAACCUCCAUGUAUUUGCCUUAUAAAUGCACAAUUGUUUGUGUCCAGUCAGUGGAGAGUUUUUAUGUCCUGUAUGCAUUCAUGUCAUUGCAAUACUUCUGAAAAUGAAAUAUUUUUGCAAAAUAUGUUUAUCAAAGCUCGUGAUGUGCAUUUUAUUACUUGUAAGAGUGUCAUGUUUUCUGGAGGACCUGAGCAUUGUUAGCUUGUUUGAAACCUCAGAAGGCCCAACUUUACACUCUUCAUGUUCUGUCCACAUUAAAAUGACAAAAAGAAAAAAAAGAAAGAAGUGUGGUGAAAAUGUAAAGGUGUAUUUAAUGUUUUUUUUUGUCAGUACAUGGUCACUAUUUUGGCACAAAAAAUUCAAGGCACUUUUAUUUUGUUCUUCAUGUUAUAUACUGUACUUGCAAUGUUUUCAUUCUGCAUUCACAAUCCCAUUUUGACAUAGGUUUGUGUACAAGACAAUGGACAAGAAGGAAAUGCAAUUGAAGGCCGGUUCAAUCAAAACUGUUUCCAGGAUAAGUUUAAAUCAGCAUUCUUCCUGUGCAACAACAAAGCAUGGUGUGAAUUAAUGUUCAGUUGGUUUUCAUUUUGUUUAAAACAAAACAUUUUUGUAGAGUACACUCCAAACUUGCAUUUUUGCAGUAGGAGAAUGUUUUUUUUUUACUUAUCCCAGACACAAGGUUUGAUAAUAUGACUUUCAUCCAAUAAAGGUUAUUCUAAGUUAUUUUUGUUACAUAGAAAUUGUGAUUUCAACAAGACAAGUCUACCUCCAUAAUGACCCCUAGAAUUCCAACUAAUUUGACUACAUGUUCACAGAAGCCAACUCCAUGUCAUUUAUGAAACUGAGCUCUUUCUGUUUGCCCAGACGUACUGUAUUUGUGUCAGCCCCCAACUAGCACAUAGAGUAGUGAAUGUAUGAUCAAUUGAAAGCCAAUGUAUUAUAUUUAUCAAAACUAUCCAUGAUGAGUAUGCAGAUGUCCAGUAUUUUCUGGUCCAGUUUGUAUGUGAAAUGAAACCUUUUUCCAUCUGUUAAGAACCUCUUACACUACUUUGUUAAUCAUUUCAUCCUUCCAUUCAAUUUACAUCACUGUUUUUUAAACUACUACUUACAUGAGAUUUGAACUGAGACUGCCAAAAAAGAAUGUAACAAAAGCAUUCUGUAUAACUUUCUGUACAAUUCUCAGCCAAAUAGGCAUUUCAAUCUACAGUUAAUAGAUGUACAUUUUUUCCAUAAUAAGUUGUCCGUCAUUGCUUCUAUACAUAUUGUUUGAGUGACUUGCUCUUUUUGUACUUUGUCCAUUUGUAAAUUGUUUUUAAAUGUUUAUACUUGAUUUUCAGACUGCCUUUUUUGUACAUAAAAAUUUAUAAUCAAACUGUGCAAAGCUUUCCCCAUGGUGUCUUCAAAACCAUGUUUUAAAAGUCUGCAAUUGUGUGCUAGCUUUAUGAAAAGAAAUAGCCUAUAUUGGGGGUUACAAAAUAUUGUGUGGGUGUGCAUGUGCAAAACAUUUUAUAAAAGAAAUUUGAUAUUUUGUAA